GAUUUUCUUAACUGGCACCGGGGGAAACCGUAAAAAGGAAACCGGGGAGGGAAAGGACGCCCACCACACGACAGUGUGAUUGGAGCAUGACUGCAGGAGUAAGAAUGCUAAUAGCAAUCGCAACAGCAGCGGCGAAAGUACACGAGCAGCAAUCCAGAAUUCCUGCCAAUAAAACGCCGGGGGCAACGACAGCGGAGCGAGAACAAGGACGCAGGCCGCGCCGCUCCCCCCGCUCCCGGUCCCCGCGCCGCGAUCGAUGGCUCCGGCUCCUCGCGCCGGCCUGCCCGGCCUCGGCACUCGGCUCGGCAGGCCUGCGGCGCUGCCAUGGAGACGCGGCCCCGCGGCCAACUGGCGCCGCCCCGGCCUGCGCGCCCCGCCCCGCGCCCGCGCCCCCGCGUCCCGGAGGCCCCGCGCGCGGGGGCCUCCUGGAUGCUUGGAGCAGAAAGAAGGCGCUGGUAGUUGGGUGGUUCCCCAGGAUCAGCCCCUUAGCUAACAGAAGAAGCAGGAUUAGGCUCACCAUCUGGAUCACUGAGAGAGACUGGAACAGUGAAACGUACAGCACCAGCUUGGGGAAGAGUUGAAGACAAGCCACAAAAAGAGAACUGAACAGUGCUGGUUCCAAACCCGACGUGUGUCAGAAGAGCCCCCAUGCUGUGCUGAAAGCUGACCCACGCACACAGCUUGGGGCAGCUAGGAGCUGCUGUCUCCUUGUACAAUGUCCUUUUACUCAGGACACUGGACACAUCUUUUGAAGCUAAGCAGUCCAAGCUGUGGUGUCAGCAUCGAGGCAGACACCUGACAAGGCCCCGCUGAGGUGGGCGCCCCAUCUCUGCAAACUCCACACCUAGUAAAGUGCACACAGCUGUUACCUGGGAACACUGCAGCCAGGGCGCCACUCUGACCUGCUGUCUCCAUGUGGUUCUUAGGUGUCUUUUCAGGAUACUCCUCUCAAGUCUCCUUGCAAUACAACUCUCCUAAGGCUGUUGCCUGCAAAUGGCCUGAAUUCCUCAUUUCUGCCUUCAAGUUACACAGGGACUCCUCACACCCAGCGGUGGAGAAACUUGUCCAGCAGUGAAUUUAGUGCAGAGCAGUGGGCAGCAGUCCACACGGCAGGACCGGCUCAGAGAGGCUGCGAGGGCAGGAGCCCAGAAGAGCGCAGGU